AUGAAUGCAUAUAAACAACAUUUUCUUCGUAUGGCCAUCUAUAAUCGAUGGGCAUUUCGACAACUUUAUAAUAAAUUAAAUGAACAUAUAUCUGAUGAAAAUUAUCAUGCUAAUAGUAGUCUCUUCUUUCGAUCAAUUCAUGGUACAUUAGUACAUUUACUUUUAUCAAACAAAAUUUGGCAUGCUCGUCUUACUAAUCCGUCAUUAUUUCCUCUGAAUGAUGAACAAUAUCCAUUUGAACUUAAUUCUUAUUGGUCUCGUUCAGCAAAUGAUUUAGAACAAGCAGUUACUAAUCGUAAAGAUCUUCAUCAACGAAUAUUUAUUGAAUGUGAUCGAUUGAUUGAUUAUAUCAAACAACUUAAUUCAGAAUCUUUAAUGAUGGAAGAAUCAUUUACAUACUUUGAUAUAAAAGGCAAAACAUGUAAACGUAAUCGUGCUGAAGCACUUGAUCAUAUUUUUAAUCAUAAUACUCAUCAUCGUGGACAAAUAACUGGAGCAAUAACUAAAUAUGGAGGACGAGAUGCUUCACCUGUACUUGAUUUAGUGGCUAUGCCUGCAGAUGAAUACAAUAUGAUAAAUUCUACUUAA